CAAGCAGUGCUGUACGUGUAUCGUGUGAGCCGAGUCUAAUCUAGAAUCUAGUGAGGCUGUUACAAAUGAGAAAAGCAAAGGAGCACCAAAAUUACAUCUAUUAAGACCAGCGAUACACAAAUUGAAGAUGGGUUUUGAUGAUGCUAUGAAAGCUGUAGGAGAGUUUGGUUACACUCAGAAAAUACAACAAGUGAUCUUGAACUCGAUCCAGCUGUUUGGUGCGAUGCACAUGUUAUCCCUAGUGUUCGUAGGACGAGAGCCGAGCACGGUGAUGUGUGGAGAUAAGCUGUCAGUCUAUGAUGAUGUAUGUCACAUGAAACCACCCUGUGACAAUUACAAGUAUGGUGAUGAGUUCACUUCAAUCGCUACAAAGUGGGACCUUGUAUGUGAGAAGAGCCACAAGGUUGGUUUAGCUCAAAGCAUCUUCAUGGCCGGAGUACUGUUUGGGAACGUCCAUUUUGGGUCAUUCUCUGACCACUAUGGCCGCUUAAGAAUGACCUUGAUAGGUCUAGCAUUGUUGAGUGUCCUAGGGACACUCAGUGCCAUGGUCUGGACAUUUGAACAAUUUCUGGUUUUCAGAUUCUUAGUAGGUUACGGUGCAGGAGGAGUGAUUCUAUCUGUCUUUGUUCUACAAACAGAGAAUCUCAGCUCACAUCAUAGAGCACUCUCAGCUACUUGUUGUCCGUCUACAUUUGCUCUUGGUGUUAUGCUGUAUGCACUGAUGGCCUAUUUUAUCCGAGACUGGAGGAACUUGCUUCUUCUCUCCUCUCUGCCUGUUGGAGCAUACCUCCUUAUCUACUUUGUGAUUCCUGAAUCGCCUCGUUGGCUGAUAUCUAAAGGUCGUAUCAGUGAGGCUGAAGACAUCUUGCAUGAGAUAGGAAGAAAGAAUGGGAUGAAAGUUACCCGCUCUAUGAUCAACUUGUCUGAAACUAAGACUACUCCUAAGACUGAUAAAUAUGGUUUAUUGGAUUGCUUCAAGACACCUGUACUCAGAAUGAGAAUGAUAAUUCUUAUCUGCUCUUGGUUUACUGCUAGUAUGGUGUACUAUGGACUGACAAUGAAUGCUGGUAAUCUAGGUAGUAAUGUAUACAUCAGCUUUGCUCUCUCUGGUUUGGUGGAGCUACCUGCGUAUCUCUUUGGCUUCCUAGUACUCAAUAGGACUGGUCGAAGGAAAGCGAUGGCAGCUUCUAUGUUUGUAGGGGGUGUGUCCUGUUUGAGUUUGUUAUUAAUAUCGAAGGAAGAUGAAACCAGGGUGAAGAUCAGAACAGCUUUGGCUCUGAUUGGUAAAAUGGGUAUAUCAUCUGCUUUCAAUAUCGUCUACAUUUACUCAUCAGAACUAUUACCAACAGUGUUAAGGAACAGUGGGAUGGGAAUCUGUUCGAUGGCAGCUAGGAUAGGAGGUGUUGUAGCACCACAGAUCAUUCCUAUGGUAAGCCUCUCUUGAUUUUAAACCUUCUUA